AGCUACAAUACUGAAGCUAAGACACUCACCUUGACCUGUUGAUAUUUAGCUAACGUUAGCAGGUAGCGGGCGUUGGCUAGGUUUUUUCAAAAAAGCUCUGGCUUCGUUUGGUCUACUACAAAUCGCGCCUUUACUUUGGCCAAUCAAAAACGAUGGCGUCGUGGCGGUAAAUUUGAGCCAUUCUCCAUCAACUGACUGUCCACAAUCUUCCAUCCAGCAUAGGCAGCAACACAGAAACAUCUUAAAAUCGGUUUACUGUCCAGCAAAUGACAAUCUCCUCAAUCCUUUGAAGAUGGAAAUGAAUGUUUCCAGCAUAAGCAAACAUAAUGCCACAAAGACAGAUCUGAGUUUGUUGCUGGAGUGUCUGAAGUACCAGAUGAAUUGUCCUGCUUCACAGAAACAAGCUCUUCUCACCAUCUACUCUAUCUGUCAACAGAGAGAGGAGAAUGUGGACUUCUUCAGAGAGAUGGGAGGAGUGGUGUUUGUGCGCAACCUCUCCAAAUCCAGUGCUCACUCAGAGGUCAGGGAGACUGCUCAGUUCACACUGGGAACGCUGGCAGAGGCCAAUGUGUACUGUAAGCAGGCCCUGUGUAGGAGGGAGACAUUCAGUGAUCUGUCAGAUUGUCUGAUGCAGCAGGAAAGCCCACUGAGCCAGAAGAGAGUAGCUGUCUACCUGCUCUCUGUCCUUGUCGCCAACAACAGGUCUGGCCAGACGUUCGCUCAGACCUCAGGCUGUCUGGAUAUCCUGCUGGACUUGUUCAGGACUAGUUUCCCUCUCUCUGGCGAGGCCACAGUGAGACCUGCUAACGUCACUCAGCUGUUCCAACUCUGGACCUCUGUGUCCAGUGCUCUAUGUGGCUGUGUAAACAACCCCCAGAAUGAGGAGAGCCAGCGUAUCUGUGUGUCAGCCUUCCCCCUGGUCAAGGGCUGGCUGCAGCAGCUCUCUCACCCCUGCACAGAGAUGGUUCAGCCCAUCUGCUCCUUCAUAGCCAUGACUGUCGCCAACAACCAUUGUGCUCAGGAGAGUUUUUCCACAGUUGGCGGGCUCGGAACUCUGACCCUUACUCUGAUUCGCUUAGCCUCUGAUGCCGCCCACAGCCCAUUGGCCUGUCAGCAGUCUGUCAUCAUGACCAAGACCCUGUCAGCCUGCAUCAUUGACAACCCUGUGUUGGCGUCAGGUCUGGCAGGUUAUGGUUUGGUUCCUCAGCUCCACUCCCUGCUGUCCAGCCCCAGCCUGGAGCCCCAAGACAGGCUCAUUGUCAUACUCACCCUGGGACACUGCACUGAGGCCUCUGAGGAGCACCAGUCUCAGUUGUUACAGUGUGGAGGUCUGUCCCUCAUCAUCACUCUACUGACUGAGUCUACAAGCGAAGAGCUCAGGAAGGCUGCUACCUUCAUACUGCAGACCUGCAGACAGGCUACUGUGUCUCUGCGUGGUGCGGUCCAGGGGGAGUCUCAGGGUCAGACUGGGGAGCUGGAGCCCCCUGUGGACAUGGAGGGGUACUGGAGGUCAGCACGAGACAUGCUGCACAGGAUCAACCAGCUGGAGAGACAACAGGCUCAGGGAGCGGAGGAGGAGUGGGAGGGGGUUGAACCAAACCUCCCAGACCAACAUAACCCUGCAGAAUGGGGGAGGAAGGAGCUACUCUCACCCCUACCUCUCCCCCCAUCCGUACCCCUACCCCCUCACCACACCUUUUUACCAUACCAGGAGAGGAAUGGAGGAGGAGACAAGAGGUGUGAGGAAAGAGAGGAGCGUUGGAGAGGAGUAGAGAGUUGGGGUCAAGAGAGAAGAGAGGAGAGAGGAGGAGGAGAGAAUAGAGGAGAAGAGCGGGGGAUGUCCUGUGAACGCACCCCAGUCCAGCCGGUUCUAGUGGGAAGGGGUGGAGAUGGAGAGAGAGUGGAGCGACACCAAGAGGAGAAUCAACCCACAAACAGAGGGCAGGACCUAACGGUGCAGAAGCGUGUAAGGAGACAGAUAUUCCAAACCAGUGAGGAGCCUCAGAAACCCAGCCACAGCAGCAGAGAGAGAGAGAGGGAGAAGAGGACACACACACACACACAAAGGCACACCACGCUGCACGUGUACACACUUGGAAACACACAACCAGAGAAGGAAAGGGACAGGGGCUUGGCAGCUAAGAGAAGCACUUAUCCUCUCUACACAAACGCACUCACAGAGAAAGGCAAAAACACAGCAUCACACACACAUGGAAACACACAGACAGAGAACCGCCGAGACAAGCACCCUGGGAUGAGGGAACAGGCACACACACAGUCUGUGUCAGCCGUGUGCGAUGCUGGACCUGGUAGAGCUAGUGUCCCGGGGCAGCCCAGUGGUGGAGAGGAUGAGAGGUGUUCUGUAUGUCUGGGGACAGGAACACCGGUCCCUUCCUCCUCCUCGUCCAGGCCACUAGAAGGACACUCCCAGACACACAGACACAGCCAAGUGUUCAAGUGCCCAGCUCCAGGCAAGCCAGGAAUGAGCAGGCAGAAGAAACCGUUGGAUGAUGAAGGCUGUGUGUCGCGGUUCAGUGAGGUGACCAGCCGGUCGUUCCCUGUCUUCCAUAGGAACUGUCCCCACAGCUGUGACCUGCACCUGGUACUGCAGCAGGCCACACACAGCUACACACAGCACCUCCGAGAUAUACGCAGGAGGAGAGAACUACACACAACGGGACAGAGAGAGACGCAACGAGAGACACAGAGAGUCUGGGAUCACUGCAGAGAUAAGAUUCCUGAAAUGCUGAAUACACCCACACACCGAUGUGAUCUGAAUUGGGAUUUGUGUCCUGUACGAACAGAGGCCAGUCUGACUCCUGUCUGUAAAGGAACCCUCCUGAGGAGCUUCUCAACCCACAGAGGACAACGCAACACUGACCACAACCAUGUGAGUCUCACUCCCCUUAAGAAGUGUGGUCCAUGUGAAGGUAUCACUCGGACUCCUGUGCAUAAAGGUCUGAUGAGGAGCUUCUCUUCUGUGACCAACAGGGGGCAGGAGAGAGGAGAUGUUAGUCUCACUCCAUUGAAGAAGCCUCUGCCCUCUGAAGACAGAAGAACACAUCAUGGGGAAGAUGGUGCCAUUGAUGAUCAGCAGAAGACUCUGUCCAUGGGAAACCCCUCUUUGACUCACACUGAGCAGAGCAGUUCCAAAACCAAGGAAAAGAGGAUGAUGACAGAUGAGAGGAGGGAGAGGAGGAACUUCAGCUGUGAGGAGGAGAGUUAUCUGUGUCGAGGUAUAGAGCGGUUUGGUCCAUCCUGGAACGCCAUCCUUUGGGCCUAUCCGUUCCAGCCGGGACGCACCAACGUAGACCUGGCCAAGAAAUACAAACGUCUGCAGGCUAAAGCCCAGGGUAUGGAUUCAGACUCUCCAUGAGAUCCUAGUAGAACACAUUGAUUGUCUAUUGUACAUAAAUCAGUCAUAUAUUUGAAAUACUCUGAUUUAAUAUUCAGUAAUAGUUUAAGUACUAUAAUUUAAUCCCCAGUUUGAAAUUAACUACUAUGCUGUACUACUGUAAAUCAAAUACAUUCUUUAAUUUAGUAAUAUAUUUGAAAUAUGUUAAUUUAAUGGUCAUGGAGGAUUAAUGAAGGAUCUGUUCUGUAUUUCUCAACCUUGUUUGUUUUUACACAGCAGUAUUUUGCUGUCAAUUUGAAGUAGUUGGAAUAUAGUUUGGAAUAGAAAAAUGGAAAUGAUUCAUGUAAUGAUUUGCACUUGAUGCUUUAAUAAUUUAUUUUGUUAAUUGUUCAUGUAUGAAUUGAGACUGAAAUGGUUGCUCACUCGUCAUCCCCUGAAGUUGUUUGUAUUGAAUUAAACAGAAGGGUGUCAGUAUGCAGCGAUGGGUGUCAGUCACUGUCUGUGAUACUCUCACACCAUGCCUUUUCAUUCUGGGACCCUCAAGGCUCCAUGGAAUUAACAAUGAGGAUGUUCAUUUACUGACUUGAGGUUAAGAACCACAUUUUUUAAAACUUCUAGAGAGUUUAUCAUGUUUGUCCGUCAAGGGGAAAUGUUUUCUACAGCUUAUUAUUAGAUAUUUUAGUUUAAGACAAUUUUAUGUAAUGCAUGGGUGUGAGUUGGUUAAACAUGCAUUAAACAUAUAAGGCCGCGUGGGAGAAGAGAAUAUAUGUGAAAGUGCACAGUAUGUCUAUAUGAGUUACAGUGGCCUACAGCUGACAGACAUUGAAUACUGUAUCUUGAUGGAUUUAUGAGUAUGGAUUUGGAUACAGGGAUUGUGUUCUCAUUGGGAAAACAACAGCUGGAGCUCAUACUUUUGAUGGAACUGACAGUUUGCAUAUGUCAAAGCUAUAUGGAACAAAAAUAUAAACGCUACAUUCAACAACUUAAAAGAUUUGACUGAGUUACAGUUCAUAUAAGGAAAU